AGGUCGGACCCACAGCUGCUCGCCCAGUUCUACUAUGCCGACGAGGAGCUGAACCAGGUGGCCGCCGAGCUGGACAGCCUGGACGGGCGGAAGGACCCUCAGCGGUGCACACUGCUCGUCAGCCAGUUCCGCUCCUGCCAGGACAACGUGCUGAACAUCAUUAACCAGAUCAUGGACGUGUGCAUCCCCCAGGAUCGCGCCCCCAGGGACUUCUGCGUCAAGUUCCCCGAGGAGAUCCGGCACGACAACCUGGCGGGCCAGCUGUGGUUUGGCGCCGAGUGCCUGGCGGCCGGCUCCAUCAUCAUGAACCGGGAGCUGGAGAGCAUGGCCAUGCGGCCGCUGGCCAAGGAGCUGACCCGCAGCCUGGAGGAGGUGCGGGGCGCCCUCCGCGACCAGGCGCUGCGGGACCUCAACACCUACACAGAGAAGAUGCGGGAGGCUCUGCGGCACUUCGACGUCCUGUUUGCCGAGUUCGAGCUGAGCUACGUCUCGGCCAUGGUGCCCGUGAAGUCCCCCCGGGAGUACUAUGUGCAGCAGGAGGUCAUCGUGCUGUUCUGCGAGACGGUGGAGAGGGCCCUGGACUUCGGGUACCUGACCCAGGACAUGAUUGAUGACUACGAGCCAGCCCUCAUGUUCACCAUCCCCAGGUUGGCCAUCGUGUGCGGCCUCGUGGUCUACGCAGACGGACCCCUGAACUUGGACCGCAAGGUGGAGGACAUGUCCGAGCUGUUCCGACCCUUCCAGACACUGCUGCGGAAGAUAAGGGAUUUGCUGCAGACCCUGACCGAGGACGAGUUGCACACCCUGGAGCGGAACCUCUGCAUUUCCCAAGACGUGGAAUUCCCCAUCCGGGCAGACGUGCCAGUGCCCCCUGCCCUGGCGCCCGCCUUCCCCACACCCCUGCCCACUGAGGAGCUGCUCUCUGCCAAGGCCAAGAACCCGGAGGGAGAGCUGGCCUGCUCCAUGCAAUAUGACGACCAGGAGCUGGAGCAGCUCAGCCGCAUGGUGCACCAGGCCGGAGAUGAGAUGUCCUCCCUGCUGUCCCCACCCAGUGCCUGCCAGUCCCCCGCGCGCAGGCCGGGCACUGAGGGCAGCCCCCGGGCCGAGGCCUCCCCAGGCCACCGGCUGCUGCAGCCGGGCAGUGAUGAGGAGGAGGGAAGGGUGUUCUUCAUGGAAGACAUGGAGGGGACAGCAGAGCCCCCGGGCAGCUCACCCGUGUGGACCCACAGCCCCUGUGCCGACCCCCAGGAGACAGGGCAGGGCGGGGAGGCGGGCGUCCGCGUGCCCACCACCUCGGAGGAAGAGGGAGACUUGAGCAACAACAACGUCCAGGACCAGGACAAGAGGACGUGGGCAGCCGGCCCCAACUCCUGCAGCUGCCUGGACUCCCAGCCCCACCUGGAUGGCUGGGAGGCGACUGUGGAAGAUGCCGAGACAGCCGAGAUGAUCGCCCACCGGACAGGUGGCAUGAAGCUCUCGGCCACCGUCAUCUUCAAUCCCAAAUCGCCCACCUCCCUGGAUUGCUCCGUAUCUGCCCCAGAAGCCUCCGGAAACGGCGGCUCCCCAUCUGAGCCCGUGUCCGAGGGGACAGAGAACGGCUCCCACAAACUCAGCGCUGCAGCCACCAACUGCCUCCUCAACUCCUGCGUGUGCUGUGGGGGCUGCAGGGGUGGCAGGGAGGACACGGCCGAGAGCCUGCAGGACAAGUGCAGCCUGGGGGGUGUCAUCAGUGACUCCUACGUGGGCUCAGCCAAGGCCAGUGCCAAGGGCAAGGCCGAGAGACCGGAGGAGGCUCAGCCGGCCCUGGAGGCCCUUCCUGAGGGCGCCUCAGCCCCCCUGCCCUCAGAAGACACCCCUGACAGGCAGGAGCCCAAAGCCCCUGCUUCCAACAAGUGCCUGGUACUCACCUCAGGGCCCCUGGUCGACGUGGCAGACAGGCCACACGGAGGUGGCGAUGGUGGUCAGCAGGAAGAGCCUGAGGCUGGACAGCAAGACCACGGGCAGCCCUCAGGGUCCAGGGAGGGGAGUCGGAGCCUGUCGGGCCCCAGCGGCCCCACGGCCGGCGCCUGCUCCUCGGACGAGACCGCGCCAGAGGUGGCCCCCGUGGCCACGAGAGAGAAGAUCCGAUCCAGGUUCCACGGCAGCCACGACCUCAUCCAUCGCCUGUUUGUCUGCAUCUCAGGUGUGGCUGACCAGCUGCAGACCAACUAUGCCAGCGACCUGAGAAGUAUCCUCAAGACCCUCUUCGAGGUCAUGGCCACGAAGCCAGAAAUGGACGACAAGGAGAAGUUAAAGAAGGUCACCCAGACCCUGCGGAGCGCGGCUUUGGAAGACUGCGCCCUGUGCCAGGAGACUCUGUCGUCCUCUGAACUUGCGACCAAGACCCGCGACGGGGACUUGGAAGACCCUCCCGAGUGGGUCCCGGACGAGGCCUGCAGCUUCUGCACUGCGUGCAAAGCGCCCUUCACGGUCAUCCGCAGGAAGCACCACUGCCGCAGCUGCGGGAAGAUCUUCUGCUCCCGCUGCUCCUCACACUCGGCCCCGCUGCCCCGCUACGGGCAGGUGAAGCCGGUCCGCGUGUGCACGCACUGCUACAUGUUCCACGUCACGCCCUUCUACAGCGACAAGGCAGGCAUCUGAUAUGGCACCGGGCGCUCCUCGGACCGCCAGAGCCCAGGAGGACUCCCAGGAAGGUGUCCCGCUCGCACCCCUGCUGCCUCCAUCCAGACGCUGCUCUGGAGGGUUUUCUCUGCAUUUCAUCAGUUGCUGCUGCGGAAACUUCCAGAAUGCCCUUCACCUCAUCCCAGCCCUGCUGGCCCCCCACCCGCAGGAGCCAGCGGGCAGUCAGCUUCGGCCAGCGGGGGUCCCUGAGGUGCCAGGUGGCUGCCCAGGCAGGGCGGACUCUCCUCUUGCUUGUCCACCUGCCCCGAGGCUCAGCCACAGCAGAAGGCCUGCUCAGGCCGUGACAGGGGAGGGUGGUCGUGGUCUGAGCUCCAGCCGCCUCAGCACCUGGGGCUAAACUGGGCGGUGGUGGACACUACAGGAGAGCGGCGAGGCCUGAACGCUCCACAGGGCUUCCCCACGUGCUUGCCAAACCAGAGGGACCAGGCUGUCCCUCUCCCCAGUGCCCAGAGCCAGGGCGCCCAUCUCAUUCCCCUGCGCCACUUGCGCCCACUCCUCUCAGCACCUCGGCUGAGCAACACCCAUCUCAUUGCGCCCAGUGGUCCUUUGGGUGAGCCAUGCCCUACCCUCGUCCACUUGCUGAUGAGGAGGGGC